AUGUCAUCAAAUAUCCAUCUAUACACGGCGCAGACGCCAAAUGGCAUCAAGAUCUCCAUCACACUCGAGGAACUCGGUCUACCUUACGAGGUCACCGGCAUUGACAUGUCCAAGAACACGCAGAAAGAACCCUGGUUCUUGAAGAUCAAUCCCAAUGGCCGCAUUCCCGCCAUCACCGAUACUUUCACCGACGGCGAAACAAUCCGUGUCUUCGAAUCGGGAAGCAUUAUGCAGUACCUGGUCGAGCGCUAUGACAAGGACCACAAGAUAAGCUUUCCUGCUGAUAGCCGUGAGCACGUUGAGGUUGCCUCAUGGAUGUAUUUUUUGAAUGCCGGAGUUGGUCCGAUGCAAGGACAAGCCAACCACUUCCACCGGUACGCUCCAGAACAAAUCCCAUACGGCGUGAAUCGCUACCAGAACGAAACCCGUCGACUCUACGGCAUCCUGGAUACCCACCUCGGCGAAAACAAAGUCGACUACAUCGUCGGCAACAAGUGCACCAUCGCAGACAUCGCGCACUGGGGCUGGAUCGCCGCCGCAGGCUGGGCUGGCGUCAACAUCGACGAUUUUCCGCAUCUCAAGGCGUGGGAGGAACGCAUGUGGGCGCGCCCGGCGGUGCAGAAGGGUGCCAAUGUCCCUUCGCCUUACCGCAUGAAGGAGCUUCUUGCUGAUAAGGAGGCCACGGAAAAGCAUGCGGCGGAAAGCAGGAAAUGGGUCCAGGCGAGUAUGAAGGAGGACGCCGAGAAGAACAAGAGCCGUACUGGGCAGCUUUGA